AUGGCCAUUGCAAUUGAGAAGGAAAUCACCACCUUGCAAUUAGAAGAAAAGAAGCUUGUUGCGGAGAUAAAAAGAACUGCUAAAAUAGGAAAUGAGUUAUCAAUAUCACCCAGAGGAAGAAUUGCUGGGAAGACAACCGAGGAUGCUAACAGGAUGAAGCGGAAGAGGGAGACCUUUAAUGCCCCUUGCACUAUGGAUGAGGCUUUACGUGUGCGGGCAAGUUCCUUGCUACUUCACACUAUGGAUAGAGUAUCUUCUCUAUAUGUUUCGAGGAUGAAACAGAAGAGGAAAACCUUUAAGGCCCCUUGCACUAUGGAUGAGGCUUUACGUAUGCAGGCAAGUCCCUCGCUACCUCGCACUAUGGAUGGAGCAUCUUCUCUAUAUGUUUUGAGGAUGAAGCGAAAGAAGAAGACCUUUAAGGCCUCUUGCACUAUGGAUGAGGCUUAA